AUGACCCGCGACAACUUGCUGCAGCAAAUCCUCAUUCCAGCAGCAGAAAUCGACAUAGAGGGCCCCAUAGGGGAGGGGGGGUACAGCAGGGUUUUCAAGGCGACUUGGCGGUACACGCGGAGCCUGGACGCGCAGCAGCGCCUCGCCCAGGUCCGCGGCCAGCAGCAGCAGCAGCAGCAGCAGCAGCAGCAGCAGCAGCAGCAGCAGCGCCUCCAGCGCCAGCAGCGCCAGCUCUGCACCUCUUCGCUCCAAACGAAGUGGAACUCGUACGCACUUGCAGCUAGUUCUAGUGUACGUACACCUGGCGAGGACUGCAGCAGCUGA